AUGUGGAUAUUGCCAGAGUUGUCACUCCAGAUGCUCUAGUGUGUCGGACCAUCUGCACCUACCAUGCCAACUGCUUCUUCUUCACGUUCCACACCAAUGAAUGGCAUAUAGAAUCACAGAGGCGAGUACAAAGGGGAGCUUUCUUUAAAUAGAAAUGUUUGUUACCUAAAAACUUCUGCAAGUGGGGAACCAACUUACUCUACUCCUCAGGAAAACACUAUAUCUGGACAUAGCCUUUUGUCCUGCAAAAGAACUCUGCCUGAACCAUGCCACAGCAAAAUUUACUCUGGAGUUGACUUUAGAGGGGAAGAACUGAACAUGACCUUUGUGCAAGGAGCAAUUGCUUGCCAAAAGAUGUGUACAGAGACAGUUCGCUGCCAGUUUUUUACUUACUCUUCACUCCCAGAAGACUGUGAGGAAAAGAAGUGUAAAUGUUCUAUGCGAUUAUCUUCAGAUGGUUCCCCAACCAGGAUUACACAUGGGAUCCAAGGGAGCUCUGGUUAUUCUUUGAGAUUGUGUGAAACAGGAGACAGCUCUGUCUGCACAAAAACAAACCCACGCAUUGUGGGAGGAACGAAUUCUUCUUUGGGAGAGUGGCCCUGGCAGGUCAGCCUACAGUUGUGGCUGCCGAACCUGAUCCACCUGUGUGGAGGGUCAAUCAUUGGAAACCAAUGGAUCCUGACUGCUGCCCAUUGCUUUGAUGGGAUUUCCUUACCGUAUCCUUGGCGCAUUUACAGUGGCUUUGUGGAACUGUCCAACAUUACAAAAGAAACUUAUUUUUCAGAAAUAAGAGAGAUUAUUAUUCACCAGAAAUAUAAAAUCACAGAUGUUGGUCAUGACAUUGCCUUAAUAAAACUUCUGGCGCCCUUGAAUUAUACUGAAUUCCAAAAACCAGUAUGCCUACCUUCCAAAAAUGAUGCAAAUACAAUUUAUACCAACUGUUGGGUAACUGGAUGGGGCUUCGAUAAAGAAAAAGGUAAAAUCCAAAAUAUUCUACAAAAGGCAAAUAUUCCUUUGGUAACGAAUGAAGAAUGCCAGAAAAGAUACAGAGAUUAUGUCAUAACCAAUCAGAUGGUCUGUGCUGGCUACGAAGAAGGGGGCAAAGAUGCUUGUAAGGGAGACUCCGGUGGUCCCUUAGUCUGCAAACAGGGUGGAAUGUGGCAGUUGGUGGGCAUCACCAGUUGGGGGGAAGGCUGUGCCCUCAAGGGACAACCUGGCGUCUACACCAAAGUUUCUGAGUACUUGGACUGGAUUUUAGAGAAGAUGCAGAACAGCGACAAAGGUGCUUUGAUGAAGUCAUCGGCCUAAGGAGGCUGGACAGUGAAGAGAACCCAGGGUUGUUUGAAGGAGAACCCAGGGUUGUAACUCUAGUUUUACAUCCUGGGAUCUAGUCAAGUUCUAAGCCUUGGAGUCCUCACCUGAAAAACAUGGAGAGGAGUGUCUACCUUGCGUCCUUGUCGUAAGGAUCAAAAUUAAAACAAACAAACAACAACAAAAACAGGAGGUACAACAGCUGUGGGGACAAUGCCUUGCUGAGAUUUGCUUUCAGUAUUCAGUAACCAGGAGCUCCUAAUGGGAGAUCACUGAAGAACUCUGCCAUUUUGUUGUGAAAUCGAACACCAAAAGAGCACAAUUAGAGUGUUUCCUUCUGGUUUUGAAACAGAACUGACAAUAAGUGACUCUGGAUUGAAGCACAGUGCUUGGGAUCACCCUGAUCUUCCUGCUUCCCCUGGAACUCAAUAUGUCUCAGAGAUAUAACUUGUCCAUGCCUCACCUGCCGACUCAUUAGGACCUAAUGCUGCCUUUGUCCUUUGGGUGAAGAGCUAGGAAGCUCAAGUUUUGUUCUGCCCAGUGGAUGAAGGAGAUAUGUGUAACAUUCCCUUUGACAAUAAAAACAUGGUUUCAUUUCAGGCCCCUAUCUCUGCGACCCCAGCAUUGCCACAGGUGUCCAACGUUGAUAUGCAGAUGAGGAUUGAAGGGCUGCAUUUUCCUGGUUGCAGAGCCUGCAAUAGACUCACUGCAGAGCCCUCCUGGAAACCAAGAAAUCUGCUUUGCAAAGAACAUUAACCCUGGCAAUGGAUAUCAGUGAAUAUUAGUUUCUGCAAUAGUAAUUCAAGAAGCAUUGUUAGAUAUAUCAUGUAUCAUAGAAUACAGACAUGUAAAAUCAUGGUCGUGAGUAGUCAUAAGUGACUUUGGAAAGAAUGAUAUAAAUCCUUAUGCAAUGGAAAUCCCAGACUUGUUGGCAAGUCCCACAAUUGAUUGGAGGUACCUUGAUUCAUUUCAGUUAAGCUGGUUAACAUUUACACAGAAUCGACCAUUUAUAAAAGAUUAUGUAAGCUAGGUAGAAAAAUAGAAAAGUGCAGUUUUCUAAAAGUGAUUGACUUUUUCCUUUUUCCAUACUCAAAGACACAUUGACUGGUAGAAAGAGCUAAAGAUGGAGAGGCUGAAAGAAAGUCAUGAGGUCCAGAUUAUCCACAGACCAUGCAAUGGGAAAAUGAAGGGUCAAGAAUUUAUUCCAGAAGCAAAAUGGUUUUUGUAAAACCUGGCUAGAUUGCAUGAAUUGAUUUUUAAAACAUAUUAUAAUUUCAACUUUUACUUUUGAUUGCAAUAAAGGUAUUAGUCUUGUUC